AUCCAGGUUCUAGUCUAAUUGAAAUCAAGAUACAACAAAUAAUUUAAUGGGUAAUAGAAUGAUAAGGAUGAUCGAAGUGAAUGAAACACCAAGUUACACAGUUCAGCUAUGUGUACAGUCAGAUGGUUUUGGUCUAAGUUACAAGAUACACAUAAAUAAAGCAGACAGUAGGAAGCCCAAUCAGCCAUCUCUCUUUUAGCAUUUAUUAGUUGCCAAUUUUCCCAAGGCAAAAUGGUAAAAUGAUUUGAAGUACAACUGGGUAGGAAACAAUUUUUCAAUCUCAAUGCAAAAUUUUUUGAAAUUGCAAAAAUUUUCCCACUCAGCAUCAGGAUGACUCAGAACCCUUUUAAAACAGGGAAAGACAUCCUAGAAAAGUGUAUUCACCUUGGAUAUAGGAGGCUAAGUUUCAAGCCACUGAACUGAAUCAGGCAGAGCAAGGAUUUGGAGUUGUGUGAACUACUUCCCAAAUGAAUGUCUGAACCAUAGAGCUAUUGGUUUUCCUUAACUGUGACCAAAAGUAUAGUUGUAGACCUGAUAAACCUUUCCUGAAGGAAAUUUCAUUUAAACUGGCAGGCGACUGUAAAACGUUUAGGUGAAUAAAUUCUUAGCUGUAAAUUAAAGGUCAGUCUACAAUUUAGCAUGCAUUAAAACUUGCCGUCCCCAUACAGAGUUGCAGAAGAGCCUAAGCACAGGAGAUCCAAAGUGUUUCCCAUGGCUAGGAAUCUGGUCAUAUUUCAGUAGACUUUCAGCCAGCAUGUACCUUUUGAGCAUACGCCAAAGUAUAGGAUGCCCCUGCCCAUCUGGUUUCUUUCCCUUAGUUCCUUUCUGAAUUGGAAUAAUGGAAGAGAAAGAAUAAAUGAUUAAUUACUGUGAUGAUCCACUGGCUACCACCUCUUGUAGAAUGUGAAAUAGUUUGACUUAAUCACAGUUUGAGUGGAACUGUAUUCCACUACGCAGUGGAAAGUUACUCUUUAAGAACAACAGUGGCACAAAUAUCCACUUUUGUUUAGGUGCCUAAAUAUGAAAUUAGGUGUCUAAAUUUUGGGACUUGGUGUAAAAAAUUGGGUCUACCUUAUUUAGCUAAGGUCAUGUGAUGAGUUAAGUGGCUGCUUCUUUCCACAAGGAGUAUUCCCAAAGAAUACUCCAAAGCCAAACCAUCCAAUGCUGACCCACGGGUUUGGAGUUUCUUGGAUAGCAGAAAGGUGAUGGUUUUUCAAAAUUCAAUUCAAAAUUAUUUGAAAUCCAGCCGUACCUGGAAUUUUCAUGUUGACCAUUGACAAAUUCUUAAAAGUCAGAGCACAGAGAAUCAAGGCUCAGAUUCUGGUUUUUGCUCUCCUAGUUGUGUCUGGUUGUUGCAAUGUGUUUUGUAGAUAAGAUCAACCUAGAUUCAGAAAAUACUUUCCCAUUGUUAACACCAAGGGAAGUUCUAUGAAUGAAUCAAGGUAUGGGUGAGUGACUAUUGAAAGGCCCCAUCUAGAAUGUCCUUGCAAUUUGUAAAGGGGUGAGUUCUGAUCAUAUUUUCAUACUUAACAUUUUUGUUUCUACUUUCAUAGGGAUAAGUCAGACAACCCUGAAGUUAUAGUGCUGACAUACACAAAACUAUCGAUUUCUGUGAGAGUUACACUUUUAAGGAGAACAGGAUAAGGCCAUAUCUGUCUAACCAUGAAGGUAGGUGUGAUUAACACCCAGCACUCCUUUGUAAACAUACCCACGGUGACAGUAGAAGACACAGACAUGGACAAAGAACUAACAGAGAGCGGAGAAAGCAGGUUUCCAAGGAAACCAUAUAUGCAUGGUGGCACUGCACUCUACAAUGUUAACAACAACAGUAAUAAAGAUGAAGAAGAGAAAAAGAAAAAGAAAAAAGAAAAGAAGAGCAAGUCUGAAGAUAAAAAGAAAAAGGAUCCAGAUGCACAAAAAAGCAAGGGAAAAAAGGAAAAACACAAAACUAAAGAAAAGGAUAAAGAAAAAAAUAAAGAUAAAGAAAAGAAGAAAGACAUUUUUAUUGUUGACCCAGCAGGAAAUAUGUAUUACAACUGGCUGUUCUGUAUCACGAUGCCUGUCAUGUACAACUGGACCAUGAUCAUUGCUAGAGCCUGCUUUGAUGAACUUCAGAAUGACAAUUUAACCAUGUGGUUCCUUUUGGAUUAUUCUUCUGAUAUUAUCUAUCUUGCUGACAUGUUUGUACGGACAAGAACAGGGUACCUGGAGCAAGGCUUGUUGGUGAGAGAAGAAAAUAAACUCAGAGACAAAUAUAAGGCAUCUUUACAAUUUAAACUAGAUUUCUUCUCAGUCGUACCAACUGAUCUACUGUACUUCAAGUUAGGGCUGAACUACCCAGAGUUAAGACUAAACAGAUUGCUUAGAGUAGGUCGUAUGUUUGAGUUCUUUCAGCGAACAGAAACAAGGACAAACUACCCAAAUAUAUUCAGGAUCUCUAAUCUUGUCAUGUACAUUGUGAUUAUUAUUCACUGGAAUGCUUGUGUCUACUACUCAAUCUCCAAAGCAAUUGGAUUUGGGGCGGACACUUGGGUCUAUCCUGACACUUCUGAUCCUGAAUUUGCUCGCCUGAUUAGAAAAUAUGUAUAUAGCCUCUACUGGUCAACACUAACAUUGACCACUAUUGGUGAAACACCUCCUCCUGUAAAGGACUCUGAAUACUUUUUUGUAGUUGCUGACUUCUUGGUUGGAGUACUGAUCUUUGCUACUAUUGUUGGUAAUGUUGGCUCAAUGAUUUCCAAUAUGAAUGCAGCCAGAGCAGAGUUUCAAGCAAGGAUUGAUGCCAUUAAACAGUAUAUGCAUUUUCGAAAUGUGAGUAAAGACAUGGAAAAAAGAGUUAUCAAGUGGUUUGAUUACCUGUGGACGAAUAAAAAAGCAGUGGAUGAAAGGGAAGUUUUGAAGUAUCUACCAGAUAAAUUAAGAGCAGAGAUUGCAAUCAAUGUUCAUCUGGAUACAUUGAAGAAAGUCCGGAUCUUUGCAGAUUGUGAAGCUGGCUUGUUGGUUGAAUUAGUCUUAAAACUCCGGCCUCAAGUCUACAGUCCUGGAGAUUAUAUUUGCCGGAAGGGGGAUAUUGGACGAGAAAUGUAUAUUAUCAAAGAAGGCAAACUUGCUGUGGUAGCUGAUGAUGGAAUUACACAAUUUGUGGUUCUUAGUGAUGGCAGCUACUUUGGGGAGAUUAGCAUUCUUAAUAUCAAAGGUAGCAAAGCUGGCAAUCGAAGAACAGCCAACAUUAAAAGCAUUGGGUACUCGGACUUGUUUUGUCUCUCUAAAGAUGACCUCAUGGAGGCUUUAACAGAGUACCCAGAUGCAAAGGCCAUGCUGGAAGAAAAGGGUAAGCAAAUCCUGAUGAAGGAUGGCCUACUGGAUUUAGAAAUUGCAAAUUUAGGAGCUGAUCCAAAAGAUGUGGAUGAGAAGGUCACAUUUAUGGAAGGGGCAGUGGACAGGUUACAAACAAAACUUGCAAGGCUUUUGGCUGAGUAUGAUGCUGGACAGCAGAAACUGAAAAAGAGACUGACAAAAGUUGAGAAAAUCCUGAAACGAAGCACAGAGCUUGAAUUUUCAGAUUUAGAAGACUUAGAACCGGGAGGUUCUAAACAGGAAUAAAUACAGGGGAUUGCUGCUGGCAGCUACAGCCAAAUCAUGCAAGGGUCCCCAUGCUCUCAACUUGAAUCCUUGCAGGGUAUCGCUCUUUAUUAUAAACAACUAUUUGGUUAUGCAACAUCUCUCAUUUCCUGUUAGGCAACAGACAUAGGUGACAAGCAUGAGGAACAAAAAAGGUGAAGAUUCAAGGCUAAGGAUGGAGAAUAAUGUAUCACUUAUGCAAGACAAUGCUAAUGAGCUCAUUCUUUAUAUAACAUUAUUAUACAACAAAUGUAUUUAAUCUACAUACUGUAAUACAUUGGCACCCAUGUCAAGUUAUACUACAGAAUAUAUAUUUUUUAUAAUUUUCUUCUCAUAUAAAUAUGGGAAAAAGGAAAUAUUUGGUAACAUUUUUAUUUGUUAUCUGAAGUCUGUAUAGGUAUGUAUCAUAUAUGAUGAUACUACAAUAACUUGUAUACAAAUAAGCAUAUUAAAUAUAUAUUUAUUGAUUAUAUAUCUAUAGUUAUAGAUAUAUAUAAGAUACAGUCCAGUAACUAACCCUGGAGUAUUAUGUAAUGACAAUUGUUCAACAUUUGCAGUGAGACUUGCAUCUAAUGGUGAUAGCUGGGAAUCAUGGAAAAUGAUCUAGCUUUUCAACACUGAAUAUGAUUUUACUCAUUCUGGUGACUUGAACUUAUUUCCUGAAUCUUGACUAUCUAGAUUUAAAGUUGUGUGUUUUCAAGGAUAUUGUCAUCAACCGCUGGAAUGAUGAAUCAGAUAUAACCUUUUGUAAGAAAUUGGAUAGUAAGUUUUGUUGGGUUAAAAUCGAAUUUUUCUUGCAGCUCACUGAUACAAAGUAAAAAAAUACUGUUCUGCCAUAUACCUGUAUACAGCAAAUCAGCUUGAUAUGAGUAACUGUGGUCAUUGGCUCGGCUCUAUGUCUUCAGCAGGCUUUGAUCAUAAAUGAUCUAUUCAGGAAUGGGAUUGAUUUUGAAGAGCAACAGGUAUAUGUUAUAUUUAGGAACAUUUCUCUAAUAUAUCUAGCCGCAAGUUACAUCCUGUUUCUAAUUAGAGGUACCCAGUAAUUGGCAAAGGUGGGCCAGGCACUGAAAGACAUUCAUAAAGAAAUGGCUAAGAUCCUUUUCUCCAUAGGCACAGGCAGGAUUAGAAGUAUAGCUUAUUCAGUAAUGCCAGAGUUGUAACUUGUCAUAUUGGAAUGGUUGUAUCAAAAUGCAGAUGUCCAGUCUUGGUUGGAAGAAUUCUAUUAUAGAGGUUGGGUUUUGUAGGAAAUAAAUCAUUUAUUGUGCAAAUGGUGGAAAUCCCUUGAAGUUAAGGUAAUGGACGUCCUUAUCCUAGUCAAGCUUCAAGCCUGACCAUAUGGCUAAGAUAAAUGGGUGCAAGAGGAUUGAUGAGUUACAGUGAAACCAGUGUCUUCAUACUACAUAAGGACAUCUGCUGGGGGGGGGGAAUAGGGAUAAUUUUUACAGGCAGAGCCAAUAGUAGUACCUAUAGAUAAGGUUGCAAAACUUUCAUUUUAAGACCCAGUUGUCAGGUGCUUUCAAUUUUCACAUACUUGAACUAUUUGAACUGAAAUUAUCCUUGCUCAAUGUCUAUAGGUCAGGCCCAAUUUUCUUUUGAAAGUUUUACCUAAAACAGUUCAACUAUUGCCAAGGAUGAAUUUUAGGAAAAAAUGUACUGUUUUGACUAUAUUAAAAUGGUAGUAAAUAGGCGUUUUGUCUGUAAAGACUGCCUAAUUUGCAGAUGUUGGAAGGUAUUUAGUAAAUGAGACAUCCAAGUAUCCUAAAUAACUGGAUCAUGACCCUGCCUCUCCUACAGAGUACCUGUGUGAUGUUGGGAAUGCCUCUUGAACCAUACAUUCCACACAUAGCCAUGAAUUAGGUGUUCUCCAUUACUUUGGUUCCCAGAUUGAGAUAUCUGAGGUCAAAUUUGCAGAAGUGUUGAGUACUCAUGUGUGCAAGUGGUGUCUAUGGGAGCUGUGCUUAGAACUCAACAGUGCUAUAAAAUGUUAAGUACUCAGAAAUAAUUUGCCCUAAGCAUCACAAGCUGCCCCUCUCCCCAACUUAGUGGCCACUUGACAAUUUUGUCCUUAAUCUCUGUGUGCCUCCAUUCUCUAUCUGUACAAUGAGGGAUAAUAGCAGAUUCUCUCAUGGGGGUUUUUGUAAAUUAAAUUCACUCAUGUUUGUGAAGCACUCAGAUAUUGCACUGGUGAGUGUCCACGAUGAGAGAAAUACUCAAAUCAGAGCAGGGUUUAAAUGAUGUACAUAAUGCAUGAGGCACAUAUUCAAUGAUAAGGAUAAAGAUAAAACAUUAAAUAACUACUUAUCCAGUAAGCACUUUCCAUGCUGUGCACUGAAUGAAGCAGGAAUCCAGAGGGAAAAAGAGCAUGGGAUCAUAUAAUUAAAGACUACAUCAUAGUGCAAACACAGAAGAGAGCUGAAUUAAUGCUACAGGGACAAAUUUAAUUUGGGAAUUUGGGCAUCUCCUAACUUUUUGAGUGCUUGACUUUUCAAGCUUAACAUUCUCAUCAUUUAAGAUUUUUUGGAUGUUGUUUAUAUUGCAGCAGCACCUACAGGACAAAGUCCUACUGUGUUAGGCACUAAAAGCAGAUGGUCUGUGACCGGAAGGUCUUCAUCAAAGUAACAAAACUUAAGAUUUCCAGAAGGACAUUAGAUACUGCCUAUAGUGGGUGCGUCCACACAUGCAAGCACACGUGCUUGCAGCAGCUCAAACAGAAGCAGUGCAAAUUUGGGCCAGGGCUUUUUGCCCUGGUGCAUGUGCUUGGACAGACACUUUGUCGUGGAGCAAAUUGUGUCACUUGGGGCAAAAUAACCCUGCCUGGCUCCUCCCAGAUCUGC